AUGGCAACAGGUCGUGCAGCGCAACGCCCGCAGGAUCCUCUGCGUCCGCAUUCUCGGAAGCCUGAGCCUCCGAGUCCGGAUAGGCCAAACUCUUUUCGUAUUUGUUUUCAAUUUGGCAGCAAGGCAGCAAAGAACUACUCCCGGGCAUACGAAUUGCGCGCGCUAAAAAUAACGGGUUGCUCGAUGCGACCCGCCAGUUAAAUCAGCUUAAUCCUUCAGCAUCCUUGAAGCGUCAAACCGAACGGAGUCGCCUUGGGCGCCAAAGUCAAAGGCUGGGGCGGAAAUGCGUGGCGCGCCUCUGCAAUUAGCCGGAUCCGGUGAACAGGCGGAUGGGAUGCCUCUGCUGUCCUGAACGUAAUACGGCUCAGAAAGUCCAGAAUGACGGGCGCUAACAUCGACUACGACUACCUGCUCAAGUUCCUGGUCCUGGGCGACUCCGGCGUGGGCAAGACCUGCCUCCUGUACCAGUACACGGAUGGCCGUUUCCACACGCAGUUCAUCUCCACCGUGGGCAUCGACUUUCGCGAGAAGCGACUGUUGUACAACUCCCGCGGACGUCGACACCGCAUCCACCUGCAGAUCUGGGACACCGCCGGGCAGGAGCGGUUCCGCUCCCUGACCACGGCCUUCUACCGCGACGCCAUGGGGUUCCUGCUCAUCUUCGACCUGACCAGCGAGAAGAGCUUCCUGGAGACGGCCAACUGGCUGUCGCAGCUGCGGACGCACGCCUACUCGGAGGACCCGGAUGUGGUGCUGUGCGGCAACAAGUGCGACCUGCUGCAGCUGCGCGUGGUGAGCCGGGACCAAGUGGCGGCACUCUGCCGGCGCUACCGACUGCCCUACAUUGAGACGAGCGCCUGCACGGGGGCCAACGUGCAGGAUGCCGUCGAGCUGCUGGUGGGCCGCGUCAUGGAGCGGAUCGAGAACGCCGCCUGCAACCGGGAAUUCUCGCUGCUGCUCACCCAGUCGCGCUGCCUGCCGAACAUGGCCUACGGUCAGCCGGAGCCACUGCGUCUGCACGACCAGCGGGAGGAGCAGAUGUCCUCUCCGCGGCGGAACUGCCGCAACUGCUAGACCCAAAGGGCCAAAAGCCCAUCCCUCCCUGCUAGUGUUGGGUAAAAAUCAGUUGCUCACUUUUUAGUGAGUGAACAAAGUCACUCACUGAACAACUGAACCCUUGAACGACUUAACUGCUUGACAAAUGAACAAGUGAUCAAAAAAGUACAAUAGUCGUGAACAUGUUCAGUGAACAACUAUUUUUUGUUCACUCAAUUCUGAGCAAACCAACUCUAAUCCCCACCUGCGUUGUUUAUUGGCUCUUGUUUCCGGUUCUAAGUGUUUUUCGCUGUAAAUAAAUGUUGAUUGUUAAGUGGAA